GUCUGUCGUGGUGUGUCCUGUCGGCCGGCUGACGCGCGCUACCACGCGUGCCAGCCCUUUCGCUUCUCCCUCGUUGUUCGCCACUUGUGUUUUCUAUCGUGGGAUUACUCGUUCGUCGUCGUUCGUCGCGUAUACCGUGCGACGAGGGAGGCGGUGGCCGACUCGAUGGAGAUACCGGGCCAAGUGGAAAAACGUCGAGUGUUGUUGUGAGUUUCGUCCACGUACGCGUUGACGGGGGUGGUUCAAGCUUGCCGCGAAAUCGAGAACCGAUCGUGUUACGGAUAUUCGAUCCCUUCGGUGCCCACGGAGACGGUGGACAUGCAACAGAAACGUCGUUCGGUGGAUGGAUGAACGUGACUCCGAAAGUACUCUCGACUCGAUGCAGAGGGACGCUGAGGAGAUGGCCACGUGACGCGACGGACGAGAACACGGCCGCGAGAUGAACACGAACGGGAACGUCGGAUCUCAGGAGGGUGGGAACGGUACCGAUUACGGUUCCAGCGAGGAAACGGCCGCCCUGUUGAGCAGGGCGCCACCCCCGCCGGUCGUGGUUGCCGCGGCGUCUCAGGGCAAGCCGGUGCUUACGCGACAGGAUCGAGCAACCUUUUUGGUUGCCUCGCCACAGUUGUCCGUCUCGGGGCUCGGCGGCUCCGAGGAGAGCGGCACCAACGAAGACCCGGCCACGAGAUCGGUACCGGACAUCGAACUGCACUGCAGACUCGACGGGGAUGCACAACCGCAGCCACAGCCGCAGCCGCAAGUCCAACUUCCGGUCGUGCCCACCGUCUACCGCUCCAGGCAGCAUUCCCACCAGCACAGAUGUCGUUGCGAUCGGAGGGACUCGUUGGCGCCAUCCUCGGCGUUGCAUCUUGCGAGGAGCGUUUCUAGAGAAAGCGUGAAAAGCGGGCACCAUUGUUGCCCGUGCCAGGCCCCGCCGCCGCCAGUUCUCGUUACAACAUCGCCCAGCGCACGCAUAAUACGACAAAGCUCGCAACCGGAAGCGUCAGCGUGUUGUUGCUCCGGAUGUUGUUGCCCCCUACACGCUACCACAACCCCGAGUGCCGCCUCCCUGCGGCAACUGCGAGAACCGGGCGACGGAAUCGCUGGCAUCGCAGCGGACUCGUUGCGGAUCAAUGGCGGCAUUCGACAAUUCCGACAGUUCCCCUGGUGGUGCAAAUCGUCGUCGACGACAAUGCCGACGACUCCGCCGCCGCCCAUGGCCAUGGUAACCGGUCCAGGGUCUGGUUCCGGUCCUCAGGGCGCCCAGGGGGUCGUACUCUGUCCACGUACGCUGUCGCAGGUCCGACGAUCACGACUGCGAAGGGCCCUCACCGAGGCGACCGCCGAGACCGUCAACUACGUCAAGACGCUACGGAAGCCAGUGUCGACUCUCUCGAUCCCGGGAGCGAUGAAGAACAGCGGCGGCGUGGCUGGUGGGGGCGGCGUGGGUGGCGCUGGGGGCGGAGGCGGGGGUGCUGGUUGCGGUAGCGGCGGUGCUACCGGAACCGGCGAGGACGCUGGUAUCGCCCUUGUUGGCGUCCUCUCGGAGUACCCACGGUACACGGACGACCGCAUGCUUGGCAGCCAGGUGAAGGGACCCUCAGGCAGCAUAGGACCUGGCUCGAAGCACAAACCCAACGUCGGUUACCGGCUGGGCAGACGGAAGGCACUGUUCGAGAAGCGGAAACGCAUCAGCGACUACGCUCUCGUCAUGGGCAUGUUCGGCAUCAUCGUGAUGGUCAUCGAGAACGAACUGUCCAGCGCCGGUGUCUACACCAAGGCCUCGUUAUACUCGACAGCAUUGAAAACCCUGAUCUCUGUGUCUACUGUGAUACUGCUUGGCCUCAUAUUAGCUUACCAUGCCUUAGAAGUUCAGUUGUUCAUGAUCGAUAACUGCGCAGACGAUUGGCGGAUCGCGAUGACCUGGCAGAGGAUCGGGCAGAUUACGAUCGAAUUGGUAAUCUGCGCGAUCCACCCGAUCCCAGGGGAGCACUACUUCCUAUGGACGACCAAGCUGGCGAACAAGGGCGGCGACUUUGGCUCCAUAUGGGUGCCGUACGACGUCACCCUCUCGCUGCCGAUGUUCUUCAGACUCUACCUCAUCUGUCGCGUGAUGCUGCUGCACUCGAAGCUCUUCACCGACGCCUCGUCGCGCAGCAUAGGGGCCUUGAAUCGUAUUAACUUCAACACUAGGUUCGUCCUGAAGACCCUGAUGACCAUCUGCCCGGGCACCGUGUUGCUCGUCUUCAUGGUCUCGUUAUGGAUCAUCGCCUCUUGGACGUUGCGUCAGUGCGAGAGGUUCCACGACGAGGAGCACGCGAAUCUCCUUAAUGCCAUGUGGCUCAUUUCCAUCACGUUUCUGAGCGUCGGUUUCGGUGACAUCGUACCCAACACGUACUGCGGUCGAGGUAUAGCCGUUUCAACUGGAUUAAUGGGCGCCGGAUGCACGGCCUUGCUGGUGGCGGUUGUUUCCAGGAAGCUCGAGCUCACAAGGGCGGAGAAGCACGUUCAUAACUUUAUGAUGGAUACGCAAUUAACGAAAAGGCUGAAAAACGCCGCGGCGAACGUGUUACGCGAGACGUGGCUAAUUUACAAGUACACCCGCAUUGUGAAACGCGUCAAUCCGGGACGUGUUCGAACGCACCAGCGUAAAUUUCUGUUGGCGAUAUACGCACUCAGGAAAGUGAAGAUGGAUCAGCGAAAAUUAAUGGACAACGCCAAUACCAUCACCGACAUGGCCAAGACGCAGACCACGGUCUACGAGAUCGUUUCGGACAUGAGUACGCGUCAGGACGCCUUGGAGGAGCGUCUGGUGGGCAUGGAGGACCGGCUGCUCGGCCUAGAAGAGAAACUGUCCGGCCUUCAGGGUCAACUGGAACUACUGCCGGAGGUACUGACCAGGUGUCUCGCUCAGCACGCCGAGCGAAUGGAGCAGCGGCGAAACUUCCUUCAUCCGGACACGGCGGUCGCGAUGACUGGCGGCGUCGGCGGCGUCUCCGUCGGGAACAGCCUGUCGAUGGGCAUAUCGGGCAGCAACGUGUCCGCCCACCAUCCAUUGGGCAGCAUGUCGAAUUCGCCGCUGCUGCCGCACUCGAGGAGCGUGCCCAGCGCGCCCAGCACCAUGUCCCUUCACCCGUGGCCAGUCAGUCCAGUUCUGCCGCCAGUCUCGAGCCGUACGCCUCACCUGGUGCCAGAGACUGGCAAACACCACAGUCUGGCGCACUCCACGGUGGCCACCACGACGACUUCGCAGUCGGCCACCAGACUCACCUCGCAGUCCGGAAUGGGGGGACUGGGCAACAGUCAGGGCUCCGACAAGUCUCCACACAGCUGAGUCUCGUCUUUGCAGCCGCAGCACUCUUACUAAGGAGCCCGACAAUGGGCCCUUUUAGACGCUCGCGUAUCUUCGAGUCCCUCCCACGCGAUUAGCUCCACUCUCUCUCUCUCUCUACUUUUCUCUUUCUCUCUCUAUCUCUCUAUCUUUCUCUCUCUCUCUCUCUCGCUCUCUCUCUCUCGGGAACAGGAAAUUCUAUCAGGUCCAUCGAUGCGCCGUGAUAUCGUGGACCGUACUUCUGGACCUAUGGGGUUCAGUGGACGGUAGUUUAACGUCCAGUUGGCUGCGAGAUUGGUACCUCGUCGGGUGUAAUGACCCUUAGGGUUAUUGUCUUUUGUAUAAAGAUGAGGUUCCGUUGGGGCCUAGGUCUGCACGAGGGAUUCCGAAGUAAUGAGGUGCGAGAAUAUUCAGCGUAUACCAAAACGUUCUUGCAGACUGUCCAGAGGAGAGCUGGGACCACUUGUGUAUUUCCAUAUGCUAAUAUUUCGGUGGUUCGCUGGUCAAAUUUCUAUAUGUUCGUGGUGUUCGAAUAACGACUACGCGUCAGGUUCUUCAAAUCCAUCGAUCCGUUUCUGAUCUCAUUUUUAUUUGAACUGCUUUUAUAUUACAAUAUUAUAUGAUUCAAACAAUCCCAGCUCUACAGCGAUGUUGAAAUAUGUAAGUGAAAGAAUAGAUGUACGGUGCCCUCGGUCAGUACCUGGAUCGAAUGGCCUCAUAACUCCGUUUGUUGUUGAUAAAUCGGUUUCCAGCUGAGGAUGUAGAUUCCCGACCAUCAAUAUUCGCUAAUGUCGAUCAAUAAAAAGGCACAAAAGCGAGGUUAGAGAGAAUCGGCAACACCGAUAUCUCCGAGCUGGGCCAAGAUGAACUCGCGCCGCUUCCGAACCCCCUCGUGUCAAACUUGAAAAUUAAUUUUCCACGUUUCUCCCUCGAACGCGUUCGCUACCACGCGUUACAUAAGUUCGAUAGCACAGAUUUUCUAUCCUAUGUCAAAUACAAGCAAACGAAGACCCGUGGCACCACGGUCGCGUUACGUGUAACUGAUUAUUCAGAGUAUUCGUGUAGCCUCGUUGAUACAUUUGAUUUGUACAUAGUUGAAAGCAUAGCCCGCAUUGUAUAAAAUUACUACUCGAGGAUUACGAGCGUAGCGUGAUCCGUGGCAAACGGUUCUCCAGACGAAUCGUGGUAGAGAUCGCGUCGAAUAUUCGCAACCAUCGAAAGUCGGAGGAUCGGGUCUCGCAGCCACCGACGAUCAAUCUUACUAGCCGCCUGCUUCCGUAACCGAGCGGCGAAACGAAAGUCUUGCAGUAGCAUAAACAACGGAUCCAAUCCUCUUCCCGAUUGAUUGUGUCUUCUACUAAAGAUCAAGAAAGAAUCCAACACACACACACACACACACACAGACGUCGAAAGAUGGAAUCUCUCGCACUUGGGGAUGGAUCCAAGUUUCGCAGAGAUUCCCGAGGGCCCGCGUGGAAAAAAGGGAGGGACUCACGGAUACGAGCGUCCUCUUCCACUCGCUGCGAGCUGCUCCCCUGCCCAACUUGCGUGCCUGAAAACUUUUUUCUUAAUAUUUAAAUAUAUAUUCGACACACGAACUCCAUCUUAUCUCUGUAUACCUCGUGAAAGGAAUGCGGACAGGCACAAGGUGUGUACGUACCAGGAGGAACGCGCGUGGAGAACGUCUCCCUCGACGAGAACAAGGGUGGCUCUUAAGGUGAACGAGCGACAGGGUUUCCCAUCGAUGUAACACGCAUGGACGAACCAACGCUUUAACGACGGUUUUAGGGAAUAAGUUAGCGUUAUUAGUGACGGCACGAAGCGUCGUGCUCGUCGGUAAGUUUUAAUUUUCGCUCACGGAUCGCGUGCGGUGGCAAGGGGAUGAAAAAUGUACCGCGGAAUAUUUUAUGAGCACUUUUACAUGAAAACGAUUACGGAGGCGCGUUUCGGGGACGCGAUAAUGUUCGAACCACGCAUCUGAAAUUACAAUUGUUAAGUUACUCCAACGGGGAGAACGAUCCCGGUCACGUCUGACCCUUGGACGGGGUUGUCCCGCUAUUUUGCUCCCCUUCGCGACCUAAUUCUUACGUUUCCGCUGAUGGAAUGAGAGAUAGCUGAAAUUGUUACACACUUUCUUUCUCGGCGCUCUUAACGCAAUGCCAGGAGCCCAGUGACGAGUUUCUGUAACGCGAGCCGCAGUCACGAAGCGAAGUUCAAGAUAGCCCAAUUUUUAAUUUGUAUCGAUCCCCCAAAUUUAUGGCUCGAACUACGCGUAAGGUUACAGCAGAUGGGUCAAUCUUGAAAACUUUUCUUUAUACGAUCACGAAUACGCGGUAAUAAACAUCCUGACCGCGAGGAAAGGACCAACAAGUAGAUGCUGAUCAACUACCGACGAGUUGACCCUACCGGUUAGAGUUAUUUUGGAGUGGACGAUGCGCUUAUGUCUAAGAUAAUCCUCUGAACCAUUAGUAUGCUAAAGCCAUCGUUGUUCUCUUGGAAUUACCGACGAGAGUUUCAGAGCAGCGACGGUAUUUCCGAUAUACAUAAAUUCUCCCAUUAAUCCAUUUACCUUUUAUUUACAUCGCUACAUCCUGUUUAUUUCUACUUUCAAGCUAGCACGUUAACGAUUAAUUGAUCCCACCGCUUCGUGACUGCAUCUACCGAUACAGCCUCUGACAACUUCCAACACAGAACGAUUAACCGAACACGAACCCAAUAAAUCUCCAAAUACCGCGACAACAAACUCAGACGUUAGCGUUCCCAUAACCAAUUAUGUAAAUAGAGAACGAUAGCAUAAAUCCCAUCGUCGAUCCCCCCUUCAAAACGAAUGACGCUGGACGAACUUUAAGGGCCACCAAGAGACCACGAAGUGAAUCUCCGGGACUGAUGGAGGGAGAAUGCAAAGUGAUCUUAUCCGCUUUAACGUCCGUAGGUUACAUAGGAUAUUAUAUUGUUAGUGUAUACAAAGUGUAUGUACGUGGCGCACGGGUACAAAGGCUACGUUUCCACCGAAUGGGGGAAAUUUUUUAUAAACGGGCUACGCAGAGCGGUAUGCACGCGUGUGUGUGCUCGCGCGGGUGUGAUCCACUCGCAUAACACCGUAAACGUUAAUUUUAUCGAAAAUUGUUGCGAACGAAACGCGUGCCGUUCGCGAGAAAUCGAAAUUUCUUUUUUUCUCUCUGUAGUAAAAAAACAGGCAAAAUCGGUCUGGAUGCAAGAAUGUGACCUUCGAUGACCUUGACCUGACUUCUCGUGCUUCGAAGUUGGAAAAUCGAUGCCGCGACUUCGUUGACUUCUUUUGGUCCCUUUGACGCACUUUACCGUAACUUUUAAGCGACUCUUUUAAGUUCUCCGAAAUAUUCAAAGGGUGUGAUACAUUUUGCAAAGGGAACACAAUUUUGGUUCUUAGUUUGUGUUUAUUAAUGUUGGAUAGACAAACUUGAGCUGAGGUUUACCGAGACUAUUUUGGUAUUUCAGGACGUGAGACGGAUCUAGGUCACUCGAAAAUCACGUAUUCAUACGUAGUCGAAUUCGUUUCGAACCCGUCUCGAAUACAUUGUCUACAUUUCAUGUUGUGAAAAUAAACUCGAACUCAACGAGAAUUCCGAACUGACCCUGACAUAGAGGCGACAGAAAAACUUCGAAUACUUUAACGCACGACUUCCUUUCUACUGGACAACUUUCGUUACCCUGUAAUAAUUUUCGGUAGAAUUAAAAUCCACGGGAUUAGGCAGUCGGACCAUCCUGUACACACGCUCCAUGCCGUUGCCACGAGAUAGGCUUAAUUAAAACGAAGUACGACUAAACGAAUGGGAAGUAAUCGAUUCGUCAACGAUGUUUGACGUCGACAGCAGGAGUGGAUGGAACAAUGCAUCGAACAGGAAGUUGUAAAUAAAGAGAACCGACUCUGCAACUGGUGCACGUUGCAAUUCAGUUUGUUCAUUCAACGAGGUAGUCCAUUAUUUGGUUUAUCUUCGAUUUUAAUGAACGAAAUUCUAACGUGCAUAGAAUUCGAUAAAAGAAAAAGAUCGUUCGUCUAGUUUAUAAUCCUGAGUUUAGUUUCUCCCGCGUGCCAUGUGAUUUCGUAGUCUCCGCGUUACACAUUUUCAAAUUAAGAUUUUAAAAAAUUCACUCACCACACUGCAUGGCAGAGCAUUCUUCCGAGAUGUUCCGUUCACCGUUUCCUGUUCGAGGCGCCAUUUUAUCCAGUCCUGUGUUCGUAUCGCGUGGGACUGCGAUGACCGCAACACGGCCGGAAGUCGACGGCGCCAAGACGUUGAAUUCGUUGCAGAGCAGAGCGAAUUUUUCAUCUAGACAAAAAAUUAAAAAUAUCAAACAAAAGGUACAGAACCUUUGAUAUGCAAUUUAUCCGAUAAAAAUUACUAUCCGAAUUUCGGUCACGUGACGUUCGGCCAGCCCGCCGUUACGAACAUGUCGCGUUGGUACGAAUAUAAAGUUAAUUUACGUUAAUUGAUACCAAGCGUUCAAGUUGAUUACGCGGAUCGGGGGAAAACGAGUACGUUAACGGACAGCGUCGAUGAAAUCAAUCGCGAUGCGGCGAUUCAUUUCUUCGACCGAGUAUACAUAUAUAAAUAUAUAUAUAACAUUCACACAUAUAAUAAAAUACACACACGAACACGAACGAACAUACUCAAACCAGAGAUGGGCAAAAUCCUUAUCUAGAUUAUACUUUAAUCAACUUUUUAUCCAUUACUCGUGAAUUUAAAAUUAGAAUUCGAAUUAUAGAAUAAAAUAUUUUACGCUGAGUGAAUACAAAAUUGAUCUAUCAACUCCGAUAUUAAUUAAACCUCACUAAUAAGCCGUUGUACUAUUGGUUUCAAUCGUCGCCUACUAUUCCAAAUAAAUUUUCCCCGUCUCUGAUGCGAACACACACAUACACACAAACACACGCAUGCAUAAACACAUAUGUUGAUAAUAUAUUAUGAUAUUCCGUGACACAUUGUUUCGUAAUAUAUUAUUAAUUUCGAACGUAAUAUAGAAUAUUACGUUGUCCACGCAGUUUGACGUAUAAUUCGUUGUUUCCGACGUGAUCAACCCCGAAGAUGUUCAGACCUCCGAGAAACGCGAGCGACGAUCUAGUGGAGACAAGCAAGCGAACAACAGAGAAACGAAGGAGCAAAACCGUAACCGCACGAUCGACACGUGGAAUCGCGUAAUCGAGAUUUUUGGGGGCAGAUCGAACCACUCGAUUCCUCGUUGAAAAUGGAAGAAAAGAAGUCUGAAGGGGACGAGAAAGGAUCGAUACAUUUGAGAGAAGAAAGAUAGCACGACUUGGACGCGAAGUUAAACACGCAACAAGAAGAACGAAGGAGACUCGAAGAGACUUGUCUGCCCUCAGAAAUGAUCGAAAAUUCGUUUCCGCGAGGAAAAAUGUUGGGACCUGGGUUUGUCCAGUCCGUCAUUGUUUCAUUUCGAAAGCGUUGUUUCGCGGCUACUCCGAAACGCGAAACGGGACCAAAAAGAAAAAAAAAAAUGACACAAUUGUCACAACGUUCUCAUUCCCUUUCUUUCUCCUAUCUUCCUCUCUGGACGCCUCCAUCGAGUUUCUCGUUCUCCUGUUCUCGCCGCUCCUCUGUUCUCCCGAGGAGGUUUAUUGCCAGAGAUGGACAAAAUUCUCAUCUAGAUAGGAUUAUCAAACAACGAAUGAUGAAAUUAGGGCUUGUAAAAACGUUAUGCAACUAAAAAUUUAACCGUUCGAUCGAGCAAAUCGGUAUCGAAGUUUUGCCCAUCUCUAUCUCCUACCCCUCUGUACGUUUCUCCCUCCCUCUAUCUCUCCCUGUCGCGGCUCAACGUACUGGACACAACUCCACACGAUAUUUUUAUAUAGAUUUCUUAAAAGUGCAUUAUAGUGCCAGGAAGACCACGCCAAGUUAAAGAAAAAAACUGAAAAACAAAAAACAGUCGCAAUAUCGGUGCGCUAGGCGAUAGAAACCGAUUCUAUAAGUAUUAUAAUAUUUAAAUACGGGAGCUGUAGUUAAUCAUCGAGAUCAUCGACGAAGCACGUGAUCGCGAGGGACAUGUCCGGGACAGCUCUGUCGCUACCUGUCUGGCCGAAGAAUUAAUCGACUGGGACUUUUGACCCCUACUGCCACCUCUACUCUCAUCUCCUAAUUAAAUGCAAAUUUUGUAGUUAAUUCAUACAGAAGAAAUUCUGUUUAUUCAUUCUACUUAUUUAUCACGAAAGUACUUGGUCCUUAUUGUAGUAGACUCAGAGAGAAACAAAUUUCUCUUACUCCUUCGUUUCUUUCUUACUAAUCUCUCUACCUCCGAGCUACGUCGAAUGAAGCUCGGCAGAAUAAUACCGAAAUCAGAAACUCGUCGAUAUUUUCUUUGGCCAGACUAUUAGAACGCACGGUUCCCCAAACAUUUCUAAAAUAGAGGCACGAGUAUGUAACACAGAACUUCCAGUGCCUCGGACCUGUUCUUAAACAACCAUAAUGUCGGGUACCCGCUCGCUCCUGUCUGCCACGGGGACAGGUGAUCGAAAAGGGGGGAAUCGGUGCAGAAAACAAGGUAGUCUCGCGUCGAUUGCUGUUAACGAGUCCCGGCGGUGCUUCGUUUAUGCAGCGUCGAGCCGCGAUUCUGUCGGACAGAGGCGAUUAUUUGCACGACCAACACGGACGCCAAUUAUUCGAACGGAGUUUCGGGAUUUUCGAGAGAAUUCCGAGCGCGCCAUCGUCCUCCGUUAAUCGAGCGAAUCGGUGAUUUAAAGUUAACGGUCCAGCGGUCUCGUUAGUCUGAUCGGUGCCGUUGUUGCUUUGGAUCAUAAAUUAGCCUCCCACGUAGAGAUCGGGCAGCUAGGUUCGAGAGGUAUCGAGUUGGCCGUUUCGAGUUAGCCUCGUAGGCGCAAGGACGAGACGUAGAUACGGUCGACGCGUUGUUAGAAGAAUCGCAUUCUCGAUAUUUCGAUGAAACAUAACGUUUUUCAAUUGCGACGCUACCUUCGGAGAUAAACGAUAUUCUUUAAGUAACGAAUAGUUCCAUGAGACUGUAGUAGUUAACGAUCGGAUACGUCGUCGAAGCCGUUCACGCCCGAGCUCGAGGGAUCGUUGGGCGAAAGAAGGACACGGAUAGGGAUCGCGGGAAGGACCUCUUGCUUUAUCGACGCGACGAACGUCCAUACUUUCCGAGUAAAAUAUGUUGCAUUUCUCUGCCAACGACACGCGAAUAAAUAGAACGUUAUCGAUUCGAACCCCACUCGUUAUUUCCUUUCGACAAGAGUCUUCGUUACAAUACAUCUCCCAAAUCGAAUUGACCUAAAGAAGCGAAGCUUUCGAGGAAAGUAAUAUUAGGACACGGCCAUUGCGUAGCGUAGAGAACCGACUAACGCGACAAUGGAACAGAGGGAAACAAGAAAGUCGCUUUUUGCCGCACAUUUCUCUGAACAAUAGCUGUACAUUAGAGCGAGAUGUGCUCUUGGAAAACGACACCGCGCGACGAAGGAGAUCGCUUCGGUACGACAUCCCACGAGAAGGACCUUAACCGGCGAGUGAAUUGUCCUAGUGAAAUUGUUUCAUUGACGACUUCAUGUAUUCAUAUAAAUAUAGAUAGAACACUGUACCGUGUGUGAAUAUAGAACGGAACGCUCUGUGCGUCUGAAAUGUUUUCGUUACUUCGAACAGCGCCCAAAAAUAGCUGUGUCGCGACGAUGGACGGAAAUCAUUUUUUUUUUUUUUUGUUUACAGCGCACUGCGUAAAAGGAUUAGCAUAUCGUUCCAAAGAUCUAUUUCGUGGAACUGUCCGAACUAACGCAAACGCUUCAGAUUGACCAAGUCCCUUCCUUGACUAUGCAGAGAUUGAUUUGUAUGUUUAUACCUGUACAUAUGUGUAUACUAUAUUAUGUAAUAUACACGAUAUUAUAGUAUAUAGUGUAUAUAUAUACAUAUAUUGAAAAGUGUAUUAUGGCCUUUGUUUCGAAGAGAGUUUAUGCGUUUAUACGUACGUCUACGUGAGAUGUUGAGGGCGCUUUUGCGUUAGCCGGCAGGUUCGACCUAGCAUCUUUCGCGCGCCAUGUUUUCACAUUCGUCGAAUGUUUAAUUGAUGUUUAACUGUCGUACUUUGUAUGUGUACAUAUGUAUUUUGUACGUUCGACGGGAUUGCAAAUGCUGGGGCGGGAAGAGCGUCAGUCGAACGUGCCCCGUGGCUGAGAACAUGUAUUGGAUGCUCCCCUCCUGUUGUGCGACGCGCAGUGAUAUUUGGGUAAUAUGCACGAAGAAUGAAACCUUAAACGUUGAUAACAGGGAACGCUGCGAAUAAUAAUUUCACCUAUCGCAAUUUCGUCUCUUCUUGAAAUUGUGUAAUAUCUGUUAAGAAUUUGUUCCGUUUAUGCUCGUUUAUAAUUACCAAUUUGCGUUUUUCCAUCUUCAAAUGUCGGAUAGAAAUAGGUUUCGAGCGAACGAGCCUGAGUUCAGUGCUGUACGGUAUUGCAUUUUUUCCCAAGGAAGUAUACAAUAUGUAGUUGUUCUACUGAGUUGCGAUGUGCUCGGUCACGAUAAGCGCCAACAGUCAAGCCAUGAGAAUGGGUUGUAGCUGAAAAAUGGAAAGGAAAUUUAAGAUAGACAGCGAACGAAAUAGAGUAAAUAUAUUUGACAUCGUCGUGAAAAGUAUAAAA